UUGUUUCGAAUUUAAUAAAACCUCAAUUUCGAGAAAAUUUAAUUUUAUAAACUGUUUCAAAUAGUAUAAGUAUUCCUCUUUAUUUAAUAAAUAAUAAAUUUAAUUAAGUUAUACUAAAAUCUUAAAAAGUUGUAUUUUUAAAAUAAAAAAAUGGGUUGUGGCACAUCUAAUGAAUCCUCUGCAUCAAAGCCAAAAGAACAUGACAAUCAUGUCAAACCAGAACAAAAGAAAGAAAAAAAAUCUGAUAAAUAAGAUGAAAAAUAAGAUCACAAUAAGAAAAACAAAGAUAAGAAAGAUAAAGAUAAUUUGAAAGAAGAGGACCACAACUCAGAAAAAGAACAUAAAAAAGAUAAAAAGAAAGAAAAAAACCAUGACAAAGACCACGAUAAAGACAGUGAUAAUGAAAAAAAUAGUCACAAAAGCAAAGAUAAAAAGAAAAAGAAAAAAUAAGAUGAUCACAGCAGUGAAGAAGAUGAUAAAUGA